AAGACGGAGGUAGCCAGCUUGCCCAAUGCGUACGCCCGCGGGGCGGGCCGGCGGCUCGAGGGGCGGGGCGCAGCGGGCCUGGCCGGGCAGCCAGAAGCGUCUCGCGAUAGGGGCGCGGGUCGGUUACCGACAGCCGGGCGGGCUCAUGGAGGGCGCGACCGGCGAACUGGCCCCGCUGCUGGGCGCGCGGCAGGCAGCGUUCGCGGGCCGGCGGGCGGCUUGCGCGGCCGUGCUACUGGCCGAACUGCUGGAGCGCGCCGCCUUCUACGGCGUCACGGCCAACCUGGUGCUGUUCCUCAACGGCACGCCGUUCCUCUGGGAGGGCGCGCAGGCCAGUCAGGCGCUGCUGCUCUUCAUGGGCCUGGCCUACCUGGUGUCGCCGUUCGGAGGCUGGCUGGCCGACGCGUGGCUCGGCCGGGCGCGCGCCAUCCUGCUUAGUCUGGCGCUCUAUCUCCUCGGCAUGCUGGCCUUCCCACUGCUGGCCGCGUCCUCCACGAGAGGCGCGCUCUGCGGGGCCCCGCGCCCGACGCGCGUCCGCAACUGCUCGGCGCUGCCCUGCCCCGACGUGCCCACCCGCUACUGCGCGCCCGCCGCGCUCUCGGCGCUGGCUCUCGUGGGGCUGGGCGUGGGCGCCGUCAAGGCCAACGUCACGCCCUUCGGCGCGGACCAGGUUAAAGAUCGAGGCCCAGAAGCCACGAGAAGAUUUUUUAAUUGGUUUUACUGGAGUAUUAACCUGGGAGCAAUCAUUUCGCUAGGAGGCAUCGCGUACAUUCAGCAGAAUCUGAGCUUUGUGACCGGCUACAUCAUCCCGACAGUCUGCAUUGGCACCUCUUUCAUGGUCUUCCUCUGCGGCCAGAAAGUUUUCAUCACCAAGCCUCCUGAUGGCAGUGCCUUCACUGAUAUGUUCAAGAUCCUGGCAUACUCAUGCCGUCCCCAAAAGCGAAUUGGAGAACAUGGUCAUAGCAGUGAAGGCAUUGGAGUCUUUCAGCAAACUUGUAAACAAAGUCUGUUUGAUUCAUGUAAGAUGUCUCAUGGAGGGCCGUUUACAGAAGAUAAAGUGGAAGAUGUGAAAGCUCUUGUCAAGAUUGUCCCUGUUUUCUUGGCUUUGAUACCUUACUGGACAGUGUACUUUCAAAUGCAGACGACGUAUGUCUUACAGAGUCUUCAUUUGAAGAUUCCAAAAAUUUCCAGUAUUACAACCAUUCCUCAUACGUUUCCGGCAGCUUGGCUGACCAUGUUUGACGCUGUGCUCAUCCUCCUGUUAAUUCCCUUAAAGGAUAAAGUGGUUGAUCCCAUCUUGAAAAGAAAUGGCUUACUCCCAUCAUCCUUAAAAAGGAUCGCUGUUGGAAUGUUCUUUGUCAUGUGUUCUGCCUUUGCUGCAGCUUACAUAUUAAUUCUAGGAAUUUUGGAAAGCAAAAGGCUGAACCUUGUUAAAGAGAAGACCAUUAAUCAGACCAUCGGAAAUGUCACUUAUUUUGCUGCUGAUCUGCCAAUAUGGUGGCAAGUCCCACAAUACGUGCUGAUUGGCAUCAGUGAAAUAUUUGCCAGUAUAGCAGGUCUGGAGUUUGCAUACUCGGCCGCCCCCAAGUCCAUGCAGAGCGCCAUAAUGGGCUUGUUCUUCUUCUUCUCCGGCGUUGGGUCGUUCGUGGGUUCAGGACUAUUGGCGCUGGUGUCCAUUAAAGCUAUUGGAUGGAUGAGCAACCACAAGGACUUUGGUAAUAUUAAUGGCUGCUAUUUGAACUAUUACUUCUUCCUUCUGGCUGCUAUUCAAGGAGCAACCCUCCUGCUUUUCCUUGUUGUUUCUAUGAAAUACGACCGCCAGCGAUCGAGAGCAAAUGGAGUGCCUGCCAGAUGGAGGACCUGAUGUUCCUGAAGUCCACGCUGGGUCUGUUAGUCGGACAGCUCACGGCAGGAACUGGCUGGGGACGCACUGAGAAUGGGGAGGAUUUCAAGUUGCCAUAAAAUGUCUGACAGUCUUAAACUUGCAUGAUACCUGGGUUGGUUUCCUCUUCCCCUCCGCCCACAUGAGCUAGGUAAGUGCCUUACUAUGACCCAUCUCCUGUUUUGCUGGGCCCUCCUGGAGCAGGCGAAGCUUGUGGCUUCUCAGCAGUGCUGACCUCUGUUAACUCUGCAGCCGGUUUCCUCUGGUGGAAACCCACAAUGGACAUCACAAAGUCCUGGGAGACCAUACAUGUGCUGGCUGGCAUCCCGGUACUCUUAAGUAUUAUAAUUUCUUUCCCGUAUGAUCUCACUUUUUUUUCUCUUUGAUUAACAUCUACUUAUAUUGAAGACUGGAAGAUGUUUUAAGAGAGGAAGGUACCGUCAGUGCUGCAAAGGUUUUGUACAAAGGACAUGUUUGUGGUUUCUUUCAAGCCACACAUCUAGCCAUUGCCAGGUUCUUUGGUAUAGGCUGAUACUGAACAUAUUUCAUCUGCUGCUUCAGAAAAUACUUAUUUUUUAAACUAUUGACAGUGCUUUUUUUUUUUUCAUUAAGAAAGAACAUGCAUCAAAAACUAAGACUGUGUGUCUAACUCAAACUUCAAAACAACUUAGAGGGCAUUUUAAACCUCACCUAGUCAGUCUUUAUGCCUCGUUUUAUUUUGGGUGUCACUGGACUAGAGAACGAUCAUGGGGGUGUAAGGAAAUAUGCUUUUCGGCAGAAUUCCUAUACUAAAGGGUAAUUGGAAGGGUGGACGGCAGACCUGCAUUGUUCGGUAGUCACUGACUUUUGUGUUAUUUCAUGUGUAUGUGGGAUUCUAAUUUUGUUAAGUAAACUAUUCUUUGUUGCUGUAGUUCUGAUGCAACUUUAUUAUAAAAAGCACCUCAAAUUUGAGACCUCUGAA